UACCAGGCCUUCCUCUUCAGACGCGCACGUGGAGAACAAAAUGGCGAAGAAAGAUAAGAAYAACAAGCAAGAAGAAGAUGGUGAAAAUAAGGACGAAUCUAGACCCGAUUACGACGAACUAGCGUCCAAAGUUACUGUGAUAUCUAAGCCACUUGCAAGUCGAAAAUUGACGAAGAAAGUUUACAAAGUGGUUAAGAAAGCUACCAAGGCUAAGUCUCUAAGAAGAGGAGUAAAGGAAGUCGUAAAGGCCAUAAGAAAGGGCGAGAAGGGUUUGGUUAUUCUAGCUGGUGAUGUAUCCCCUAUUGAUGUUAUUUCUCAUAUUCCAAUAAUGUGUGAAGACAGUAAACUCCCAUACGUAUAUGUACCAUCCAAAGUG